AGUUGAAAUGGAAAGAGUUGAAAAACAACUAGCGUUAAUCGCGUUUUACCACUGACUUUGUUCUGGUCUGUUAUUGAAACUGUGCUUGAAUACACCUUAUUUCACUGUCUUAGAACGUGUCACACUCAUCGCAAAAACUGUCAGCGUUUUUAAUAAUCAAUUGUUACGUAAAACGUACAGCAUAGCAUUUUAUCGGUACUUUUUUGAAAAUCUUACCCAGCCAUAAGUUUAAAAAAGGAGAAAUGUUGGAACGUUUAACAACCAUAGUUCCGCAUUUGUCUAGAAACGUUUCACUAAAAUCCACAGCAAAAUCCACAGUAAAUGUAAGCGAGGUUCAAAAAUUCAGUGGAAUGGCAAGCGAAUGGUGGGAUGUAAACGGACCACUCAAAGCGAUACAUUCGCUAAACAAAUUAAGGACGCCGUUUUUUGAACAAGGCAUUCGUUCUCGUCAAAAAUCAACUGUUGCGAACGCUAGUCAGGCAUUUCCUUUGGCCGGAUUCAAAGUACUCGAUGUCGGGUGUGGAGCGGGUAUUUUGACUGAGAGUCUCGGUCGUCUAGGCGCCGAGGUUACAGGGAUUGAUCCAAGCGAAGAAAACAUUGAAGAAGCUCAUCGUCACGCUAAAAAAAUUAACCUGAGAAACGUAGCCUAUGAAGCAAAAACUAUUGAACAUUUCCAAACAUGCAAUUCGACUCUCUUCGAUGCAGUCAUUGCAUCCGAAGUUGUUGAGCAUGUGGACAAUCCGGAAUUGUUUAUCGAAAAAUGCAGUGAAUCCCUCAAACCAGGUGGUUCGCUUUUUAUUACAACACAAAACAGAACUGUUGCAUCUUGGGCACUGGUCAUAUGUGGUGCAGAAUACAUCAUGAACGUUGUGCCAAGAGGAACUCAUGAUUGGAAUAAAUUUAUCACUCUUGAUGAAAUGACUUCCAUCCUUGAUAAAAAUAAUUGCCAGCUGCGACAGCUCCGCGGAUACACUUACAAUCCAUUCCUUAACAACUGGGAUUGGAUAAAAUCAACUGAUAUCAAUUAUGCUUUACACGCUACAAAAGCUGUGUGAUGAUUUUAAAUGUGAUGGUUAAAUCGGGUUAAAUCAAAUGUGAUAAUAAAACGUAGUUUUUCUUACAUUACGACAAAUUAAAUUUUUUACGCCUGAUGCGCAUGUAUUCUAGCCAAAAAAAUCAACAUUCAAAGCUUAAAAAAGCUCAACAUUUUUGGCGGAUUUGCGUCUUUUGUUACUAGGCCUACUAUGGUAAGAACUAGAUGAAAAAUGAAAUAACCGUUUGAUUCUAAAACUUAUUUUACUGUAUAAUGUGAUGUUCAUUGCGAUAUUUUACAAACAUAGAAAAACAAGUGCGAAAUACCUUGUGAUGUACCAGAUAGUCUGGACUUCAAGGGUGGAAAUACAAAACGAUCGAAAUCA